CACCAGCUUGAUAGGUUGAAGACGCGCGCGAAGGACUUCCAGCCAACGUGCAUCCAUGGCGCCGCAGCACUUCCUCAUCGUCGUGUUUCCGGGGCAGGGCCACAUUAACCCGGCGCGCGCCCUCGCAGAGCGCCUCGUGCGGGCCAUGCCGGGCGCUCAUGUCACGCUGUCUGCCGCUGUGUCCGCGCACCGGCUCAUGUUCCCCUCGCUGGAGUAUCCCGACGAGGAGGUGCACGAUGGCGCGAUCUCCUACAUCCCCUACUCCGACGGCUACGACCGUGGCUUCCGCCUCUUUGCGGGCGACGGAGACGACGCGCGGAGGUACAGUGAGGCGUUCCCCCGGGUCGGCCGCGAGACCUUCUCGGCGGUGCUGGACCGCCUCGCGGCGCGGGGCCGGCCUGUGACGUUCGUCGUGUACGCCAUGCUCAUGUGGUGGGCCGCCGAAGUCGCCCGGGAGCGCGGCCUGCCACGCGCGCUCUACUGGAACCAGCCGGCCACCAUGCUGGCCGUGUACUACCACUACUUGCAUGGGUACAAGGGGAUCGUGACGAAGCACGCCGCCGAGCCGGGGUUCAUGGUGGCCAUGCCAGGCCUCCCGCCGAUGGCCAUCCGCGAUCUUCCGAGCUUCUUCACCAACCUUACGGACGGGAGGCUCGUUUCCUCGUUCGACAACAUCCGCAAGACGUUCCAGCAGCUGGACCUGGACGCCGCCAUCAGCUCCGGAGGAAGGAAACCCACGGUGCUCGUGAACACCGUCGAGGCGCUGGAGCUGGGCGCCCUCACGUCCGUCCCUGAACUGGACAUGUUCCCCAUCGGUCCAGCCGUCCUAUCGCUCUUCGCUGGCGGCACGAGGAGUGGCAUAGGCGCCGCUGUAGGAGAUCUCUUCGAGCACGACGAAAAGGGUUACAUGGAGUGGCUGGACACAAAGCCGGCGCGGUCAGUGGUGUAUGUGUCGUUCGGCAGCAUGUCGGCGGCGAGCAAACGGCAGAAGGAGGAGAUGAAGCGUGGCCUCGCCGCGAGCGGCAAGUUCUACUUGUGGGUGGUGCGCAAGGACAGCAGAGACAACAAUGACGACGACAGAGAUGACGAGCGGAGUAUGGUGGUGGAGUGGUGUGACCAGAUGCGGGUACUGUCCCACCCGGCGGUUGGGUGCUUCAUAACGCACUGCGGGUGGAACUCGACGCUCGAGAGCGUGGUGUGCGGCGCGCCGGUGGUGGGAGUACCGCAAUGGUCCGACCAAGACACCAACACACGCCUCAUCAUUGAGUGGGGCAUUGGUGUGCGCGCCACAAUCGAUGCUGAUAGGUUUCUGGAGGCCAAGGAGCUCACGAGGUGCGUGGAAAUGGUCAUGGGUGAUACAGAUGAGGGUGUCGCCAUACGGAGCAGCUCGAUAGCAUGGAAGGCGAAAGUGCAGGAGGCUAUCAAUGACGGCGGCUCGUCCGAGCAUAAUCUGAGGACUUUCCAGUACAAGUUCGCAAAUGAUGCUUAGAAGACGCAGCAACACCUGUUCGAAUUGGACCUUAUGUCUUUCUUUUUUUACCUAUCCUGUUCCCAUCAACUUUUUCUUAAAGUUUCUAUUGUGAUAAAUUGAAAAAUAAUAAUAAAUAGGGUAUGACUAGUUCUCAGUUGUC